CGGCGCCGGCGCUACGCACAAGCGCUUCGCCCACGCGGCGGCGCGCGCCGAGGAGCUUCGCGCCGGCGGCUGUGACCAGGACGAUCUCUUUGAGAGGCUGGCGACCGAGGCUCUCGCGCGAAAGGAGGAGGAGCGGAGCAACCGGUGCAGGAGGUGCUGGCACGAUGCGGCAACCAAGUGCAUCUGCUCGCAGCUUGCACCGCUCCGCCUCGCGGUCAACGCUCGCGUUUGCAUUCUCAUGCACCACAAAGAGUUCCUGAGCGCCGGCGACGACGCAAAGCUGCUGACGGCGAUGCUGCCGCCCGAGCAGGCGCGGGUGUUUGUGUACGGCCGCCGCGCCGACUGGGACGCACUGGCGGCCGAGCUCGCCGCCGACCCACAGCACACGAUGCUCCUCUGGCCGGGCGAGGGCGCGCUCACCGUGGGCGAGUUUGUCGAGAGGCGCCUGCCGCAGUCUUCUCCGUGGCGGCGGGUCGCCGCGGGCGGCAGAGGGGAGGCGGAGGGGGAGGCGGAGGCGUCGCGGCCUCUGAUGCGAGUCGUCGUGCUGGACGGCGUCUACAACCACGCGCGCUCCAUGUUCCGGGCGCUGCGCCGGCGCCUUCCUCCGGCCCACGUCCCUCCCCACGUCGCGCUGCACCCGACCAGCCUCUCCGUCUACCAGCGCGCCGCCAAAAGGUACGCCUCCGCCUCGGCCGCGACCGUCGCCGCCGGGGCGACGGGCGACGCAGAGGCGCUGCGCGUCUGCACGGUCGAGGCGGCGGCGCUGCUGCUGCAGGAGGUUGGCGAGCCGGAGGCGACGACGCACGCGUUCAUCGCCGCCGUCGUGGCGAACAAUGGCGCGCUGCAGGCGCACAAGCACGACGAGCGGCGCGAGGCCAACCUCCGGCGGAGAGAA